AUGGCGGAAGAGGAUGAGACAUAUGAUGAAUUUUUAAAUGGCUAUGUUAUAGAAGAGAGUAGCGAUAAAUGCCGUGAAGAAUGUGCUCGAUGCAAUCGUCCAGCUCGAACGUGCUUAUGCAGUUAUCUGCCAGCCAAACCAAUCGAAACUUCAGUCAAAAUCCGUAUUUUGCAACAUCCACGCGAGCAAAAGCGAAGAUUGACAACCGUACCAAUAUUAACAGCUGCAUUGGCAAAAGAUAGUGUGCAUGUAUAUCGUGGUAUACGAUUUACAAGGAAUCGGUUAACCGAACUGGCUGAGAUUGCAUCUUCCCCAUCAACUGCCAUACUUUAUCCUAGUUCUCAAGCUAUAGGUAUUAAGCAAUUAAGUUGCCAAGAAUUAAAGGUAACUAACUUAUUUGUUAUUGAUGGCACUUGGAACGAAGCGCGCACAAUCAUGCACCGAAAUGAAUUUCUAAAGAGAUGCAUUCAGGCUUUGUUAAAGCCACUGCGUGCUAUGUGUGACAUGCAAUUGGCAUGCGGUGCUGUGGUACAUCAUAGUAAAGAUGUUGUGAAAAAAAUGCUGAUGGAUCCAUCUAGUAAUGCUUGUAAAGAAACUUCUAGUGAAUACGAUGGAGCAAACCGUAAAAUAGACUUUAUGCUAUUUAUCGAAUAUUUGGAUCAACUCUGUUUAAGAGUUUACAUGACUCUGAAAUAUCAUGAAUAA